CUCACAGCAAUCAGUCUUGCAUACACAGAACAAAAGCUUCUUAAUCCCCGUGUAUCUCUACAAAAAAUGGCAAGAACCAAGCAAACUGCUCGCAAAUCAACUGGAGGAAAAGCUCCGAGAAAGCAAUUGGCGACAAAAGCUGCAAGGAAAUCAGCACCGGCCACCGGAGGAGUGAAGAAGCCCCACAGAUUCAGGCCAGGAACUGUCGCUCUAAGGGAAAUCCGUAAGUACCAGAAGAGUACCGAGCUUCUGAUCCGCAAACUUCCGUUUCAGAGACUUGUGAGAGAAAUUGCUCAAGAUUUCAAGACGGAUUUGAGGUUCCAGAGCAGCGCAGUGGCUGCACUUCAGGAGGCUUCGGAGGCUUAUUUGGUAGGUUUGUUUGAGGAUACUAAUUUGUGUGCCAUUCAUGCCAAGAGGGUUACAAUUAUGCCUAAGGAUAUGCAGUUGGCUAGGAGGAUUAGAGGCGAGAGGGCUUAGAUAUGAUUUUGUAAAUGUCUUGUUUGCAAAACUGUUAGGGAGUAAUCUCAUGUUAUCGUGUUGUGUUUGUACUUGUUCUAAUUGAAAUUAUCUGGGAAUCGUUUCAAAGUUUA